AGAAGAAAUAAUCUGCUUGUACAUUUUGGAACAGUUGGAUUAGUUUAAGACGUCAGGAAGUUUUUGUGAAAUACAAAAAUAAAUUUCCCUAAAAUGCAGAGGGAGGACAAACCCAGCCUGCUGCUCUCCUUGCACACUGAGCCCAAACAAGAGUCACUGGAUUCUGAUUAUGAACGUAAAGCUCAGUGGGCAUUGAGGGAUUCAGAGAUGACAUCAGGUAAGCUGGAAGACAAAAGUCAAACGCUGCGACUGAAUGUUUCCAUUAAAGAUGAAGAGGAGGAGAAAAAUGUGGUUAUCAUUAAUAACGGAGAGGGAGAUUUACUCGCUCAAGAUGGGAUUCCUGAAGUGGAGACGCUUGGAAAGAAACAACAGCAAGUCUACAAUGAUAAAUCCUACCAUUGUGAAGAACAUUUCUUAUCUCUAUCACUGUUAAAAAGACACGUUAACAUACAUCCUGGAGAUAAACCUUACUCCUGCUUUGACUGUGGGAAGUGUUUCAAUACAUCAUCUGAUCUUACUAAACAUCAAAGAGUGCACACAGGUGAGAAAUAUCACUCCUGUUCUGUCUGUGGGAAGAGCUUCUUUCGAUUAGGCCACCUUAAAGCUCACCAGGGCAUACAUACUGGUGAGAAACCUUACUCCUGUUUUGACUGUGGGAAGUGUUUCAUUACAUCAUCUGAUCUUACUAAACAUCUGAGAGUGCACACCGGUGAGAAACCUCACUCCUGUUCUGUCUGUGGGAAGAGUUUCUCUCGAUUAGAUCUCUUUAAAGCUCACCAGCUAAUACAUACUGGAGAGAAGCCUUUCUCCUGUUCUGACUGUGGAAAGUGUUUCAUUGCAUCAUCUUAUCUUACUAGACAUCAGAGAUUGCACACAGGUACAAAGCCUUACUCCUGUUUUGACUGUGGGAAGUGUUUCAUUAGAUCAACUGAACUUAAUAAACAUCGGAGAGUGCACACAGGUGAGAAACCUCACUCCUGUUCUGACUGUGGGAAGACUUUUUCGCGAUUAGAUCUCUUUAAAGCUCACCAGCUAAUACAUACUGGAGAGAAGCCUUUCUCCUGUUCUGACUGUGGGAAGUGUUUCAUUACAUCAUCUGAUCUUACUAAACAUCGGAGAAUGCAUACAGGUGAAAAACCUCAUUCCUGUUCUGACUGUGGGAAGAGUUUCUCUCGAUUAGAUAUCUUUAAAGCUCACCAGCGCAUACAUACUGGAGAGAAGCCUUUCUCCUGUUCUGACUGUGGAAAGUGUUUCAUUGCAUCAUCUUAUCUUAUUAGGCAUCAGAAAGUGCACACAGGUGAGAAGCCUUACUCCUGUUUUGACUGUGGGAAGUGUUUCAUUAGAUCAUCUGAACUUAUUAAUCAUCAGAGAGUGCACACAGGUGAGAAGCCUUACUCCUGCUCUGACUGUGGAAAGAGUUUCUCUCAGUUAGGUAUCUUUAAAGCUCACCAGCGCAUACAUACUGGAGAGAAGCCUUUCUCCUGUUCUGACUGUGGAAAGUGUUUCAUUACAUCAUCUGAACUUAUUAGGCAUCAGAGAGUGCACAGAGGGGAGAAGCCUUACUCCUGUUUUGACUGUGGGAAGUGUUUCAUUAGAUCAUCUGAACUUAUUAAUCAUCAGAGAGUGCACACAGGUGAGAAACCUUACUCUUGUUCUGACUGUGGGAAGAGUUUCUCUCGAUUAGGUCACCUUAAAGCUCAUGAGGGCAUACAUACUGGUGAGAAGCCUUACUCCAGUUUUGACUGUGGCAAGUGUUUUAUUUCAUCAUCUGAACUUAUUAGGCAUCAGAGACUCCACACAGGUGAGAAACCUUACUCCUGUUCUGACUGUGGGAAGACUUUCUCUCGAUUAGGUAGUCUUAAAUCUCACCAGCCCAUACAUACUGGAGAGAAGCCUUACUCCUGUUCUGACUGUGGGAAGACUUUCUCUCGAUUAGGUAGUCUUAAAACUCACCAGCGCAUACAUACUUGACAGAUCCCUUACUCCUGUUCUGACUGGUGUUUCAUUAGAUACUAUGAACUUAUUAAGCAUUGGCGAAUGCAGACUGGUGAGAAGUCAUACUCCUGUUCUGACUGUGGGAAAUGUUUUACUGGAUCAUCUAAUCUUACUAAACAUCAGAGACUGCACAUAGUUAUGAAGCCUUACUCCUAUUCUGACUGUGGAAGUGUCUCUCUCAGUCAGGUAGCCUUUAUGCUCACCAGCACAUACAUGAACACUAAUCUCAAACAUUACAAACAGACACUGGAGAUUCAUUUUGAACAUUUGACAGACUGGACAGUGGAUAAGCUAGUGUUUUACAACAUCAAGUAGUUUAACUGUCUGUUGUGGAAAUGCCAUCCCAGUGGCCACACACUUACCAGGUCACUAAAUGUCCAUUGUAAAUGAUUUUGUCAAGCUAAAUACAAGGCUAUACUCAGGUCCAACCAAGAGCUCUUCAAAAGAUUGUGAGCCAGCUUUAUGAUCUGUUAAUUACAUGCUCAUUUGCCCAAGUCGCUUCAAGAUCCCUUUCACAUAUGUGACCCAUAAACAAAAGACAUUCAAAAUAAAGGAUACCAACAAUAACAUGUUAUACAUUUUCAUUAUUUAACACAAUUGGUUUAUUUAACAAAAACUCAGAUUUCAUGUGUGGAAAAAUGUGAAACCCUUCAUUCCAUUGCUUAUGGCACCUCCAUUACCAGUGAAAACUAACUCCAAUCAACUCCAAUCACAUCUUAUUGGUCUCUUUUUAGGUCCACCCCCCACUUCUGCUUAUAGAACUCAGCCUUUACGUGAGUUUUGAGGGGUGUCUGUCAAGUACUACCGUCUUCAGCGCCUGCCACAGCAUCUUGAUUGGAUUAAGGUCAGAUCUUUGACUUGGCCCUUCCAAAACACAUCAUCAUUCUCUUGAGACAUGUUUUGAGUUGUUGUCUCGUUGUCAGAAAAAGGUUUGGGAUUAUAAAAGCAGCCACAGGUCUUGGCAUUCCCACCACCAUGCUUGAGAGUUGGAAUUGGAUUAUUUUGGUGGUAGAAUGUGUUGGGUUUCUGCCAAACAAUGGUUUUGAUUGUGAAUAAACUGGUUCAUUUUGGACUCAUCUGUCCAGGUGCUCACUAUAUAUUUCAAUUAUUGGCAUCAAGGUGGACUGAUGGAGCUCCAAUCUUUUUGAGAUGGUUGUAUCGCCUUCCCCUGACUGAUGUGCUCUUGCUACCCUCCUGAUGCCUUUUAAGAUCUCCUUCUAUUUCGACAUGGUGGGUUUUACACCCACCUCUAUGGGUAACAACAAAUUGAGCAGCUUUUUCAUCCAUUUAUCAGUCCCUCUCAAAGACUUUCCUCGUUUUUUUUACUCAACAUUAUUUCUUCUAAUCCAACAUGUGGAAUUGUACAAGAGGUUCAUGUACUGUCAAAGCAGCACUGUUUAGCUCUUUAUCCCCUGAUCAUUUUAUCUCUAUUAAAACCUUAAUUAAAUGCAUAAUAAAACAUGAAUGCUUACAUGGUAGAAAAUGUAUUUUAACUAAACAAGGAUAUGGUGCCAUAGCAUACAUUACAUUACAACACAUUUUCAGUAGUUUCACCCAAAAUAUUUGUAUCAAGGUCUGAUGUCAGACUGACCCAAAUUGUAACUGUGCCUUUCAUCAUUUAAGAAACAUAGCAAAUGUGAGAUCGUUUCUCUGCGUGCCAAGUCUGUCACAUGUUUUUUUCUUUCUUUUUUCUUUACAUACUUUUAGUUUAUAUCAUGAUGUUUUACAGUUGAAUCACUUAGAAAUUAAUUUAAUGUACAGACUGCAAAAAAUAUGAUUUUAAGUCACACCUGUAUACACAAACAAUUCUCAAAGAUAUAGUAGGGUUGGAAAAUGUUUGACAACCAGUAGUUGUCAAACUAGAAUUUCAUUAUUAGAUAUUUUAAUUUCUGUAGUUCUUUUCUAUGUAUUUUAUUUGUCUUGUGUUGUAUGUAGAAGAUUAUUACUUUCUGUUCAUUGUUUAUUUGGAUCCUCAUUAAUUCCUGCCAAAGCAGCAGAUCUUCCAGGGGCCUUUUACCAGGUUAAAUAAAUAAUCAUAUGUUCUUACAGUAGUGAUUUUAAAACAUUUCAAAUCUUCAGUGUUUGAAUUUCAUUGACUUCAUCUUUAUAACCUUGGUAGCUAUUUGACCUUGUGUAAAUGAUCUUGUUAAAUCAGCAGAGGUAUAUACAUUCUGUUCAUCCUAGCUUUGUGUCAUCAAUCUGAAUGGUUUGGAAAUGGAGACUGAUUAAACUCCUUACAAUGAA